AUCAAACUUUAUGAAAUAUUGGCAAAAUACGAGAAUUUUUCUCAAGUGAUGUGAACUAAUUUCGAUUGAGUGUUCGUAAAAUUAAUUGUAUUUAAUUAGUUUUGCCCAAAAAAUCGUAGUUUUAUGUGAAUUUUAUUAAAUUUAAGCACAUCAGGCACAACAUUUCGCCUAACGAAGUGCCAAGACCAUAAAAAUAUACGAGAACACACACAAUCAUACAUAUUUAACUUGUUUUUUUUUCCUCGGCCGUAGAACGUCGUACACGGAUUUGGAUUGUUUUCAAAACAUCUUGCAUAAAAAAUAUCUCGUGUAGGAGCUGAGAGAAUGAAUAAAUGAAUUGCAUACAAAAGUGAAUAAAAUAAAAAUACCUACACAGUUCAUCGUCCAUAUCAAUAUAUAUGUUGUGAAGCAAAGAUAGGUGAAGAAGAAGAAGAAUAUGAAAUAAAAUAAAAAUAAAAAAGAAUCCACACACACACGAAAGUAAGAAGAAGAAAGAGGAAAGAGUGUACCUCUAGAUGAAUUAUUUUUUAAAGGUUUCUAGUCGUCGUCUUCGUCACACAAAAUAAGAUUAUACAUGUUUUUUUAUGCUUCUUUCCUCUGUUGUGUGCCAUCUCGCAAGUGAAACAAGAAUGAAAUAUUUUUAAAUGAACAAUUUUUGGUCUUCAUUUAUUAUUUUUCUUCGAUAUCCGAGAGAAAGGUUCGAAAAAAAGUGUAUAUGAAAGUUUGUUUUAUUAUUAUUAUUUUUAUUACGACAAAAACAAAACAGAAUAUUAACGAGACGAAAAAACAAACUUUAUUCUGACAAAAAAUAAAAUAACGAAAAAUAGAAAAAAAAGUUGAAAUACGGAAAAAAAUCAAAUCAUCGAGCAAGCUGAUAAUUUCAAAGUGAAGAAACAAGUUUUUUCUAAAACAGAUUUUCGUCUUCAACACAAAAGAAUGAGAUCCAGUUGAACAGCAAAUAAUUUUACUUAUUUAGAUGUUAAUUUACAAAAAAGAAUGCCAAAAUGAUGCAUAGUACUUUUAUCUCACGAAUAUCGACGGGAUUCCAGAAUCGACUGAUAGUUUUAUCGCUAAUUUUCAUCCAAAUCCUGCAGCAGCCGACAUGUCACGUCGCAUCGAGCAGCAACAACAAAUUCGGCGUGCACAUGAUACGUUCGCCCGAGUCAAAUAUCGCGCCGCAAGGUGACGAAGUACAAUUUGAGUGUGAAUUAAAUUUAGAGCCAGACAGACUGGAAUGGAGGUUCUUGCCUCAAGAUAAGUUAGGUGAUAGUAAAAAUGAUUAUAUUUACAUGAGUUCAAGCAAUGGAUUCAACAUGACACUUAAAGAGCACGUCUCAAAGUUAACGGUAGUCGUGAGUCAGCAAACAGUUGGCGAGUAUCAGUGUAUUGCGUGGAUAGGUGCUGCGGCACUUGCAUCGCUUCCGGCGAAGUUGUCACUUGCGACAAUUUCCUUGGAUGGCAGCGGAUCGGGGAAGAAUUAUCGAACGAUGUCGUCGUCACAGCGACGAGGAUCGCAGCAACAACAGCUUGUGUGGAAAGUGUCGCCCGGGAAUAGUGUCAUUAUUAAAUGUGGCGAUGUUGUUUCAUUCCCUCCGCCUGUUUGGACCUUUUAUAAAGACACCGUUGCUGUUCCUUCAUCUGUUCCCCAACUUCCAUCGGGAGCUUUGAUCUUAUCUCCUGUCACACAACGCGACAGCGGAACUUAUUACUGUUCUGCCGUCAAUUCAAUCACAGGAACAGAUCUUCGUACUCCACAAAAUACAACUUUAAUAGUUGAUUUCCUCUCACGAUCCCCUCCAAAAUUCUUGUCAUCCGUUCCGAAGAACUUCGCAACUCGACCAGGCACCUCCAUCAUUCUCGAAUGUCCUGGCGUCGCAAAUCCCGUGCCAAAAAUCAUUUGGUCUCGUCCCGACAAAGAAAUCCCCAAAUAUCGCGCCAAAUAUCUCCCGUACGGCUUGGAAAUUCAAAAUGUCACGGAUGACGAUCAAGGCGCCUACACGUGCACGCUCGAUAAUGGCAUCGCACCCACGUUAAUUCACAAAGUUUUUCUCACAGUACUUGAACCGCCGCGCAUCGUCAGUCCUCCGAAGCCAAGUCUCAUCAACGAAGGCGACUAUUUGGAGCAAGAAUGUCGCGCCGUUGGAUCGCCCGAGCCCAAAAUUCACUGGAUGAUCAACGGCGACGACACAAAAUGGGAUCCUUUGGUGAAAACUGUCGGCAAUAAAUUGUUCAUUAGUUCCGUGGAGAAACGUCAUGCCGGGAUAAUUCAAUGUUUCGCGAGCAACGAAGCAGGAGAGGAAACAGCAAGCAACUCGUUGCACGUCAGUCCGAAGCAAAUUCCGGGAGGAGCGGAUGCCACAACGCUCGGAUUAGCGCUGACGACGACAAAAGCCGUGAACGAACAUUCCGGAAAACCGAAUCGCGGGAAGAAAAAGCACAAGAGACCUGAAAUGGUUCCCCCAUCAAGACCCAGUGUCACUCGUUUGAACGACGAAAACGUCAUGGUUCGAUGGAGUGUGCCCUCAAACGACGGUUUACCCAUUCAGUUCUUCAAAGUUCAAUAUCGAACCUUAUCAGAUCCACAAAAGAACAUUCAACGAACAUCUUGGAUGACAGCAAAUGAGGACAUUCCUCCUCACGUGACUUCCUAUGAAGUCGAGGGACUGAAACCUGAUCGUUUUUAUCGAUUCCGAAUUGCCGCCGUUUACUCGAACAAUGACAAUAAGCUCGGUCCAACAUCAGGUCGUUUCCAUUUGCAACGCGGCGAGAAACUCGGAGCAGCCAAAAGUCACUUGCCAGCUCCUAUUUUAUCACGAAUUGAGCCAAUUUCGGAGACAGAGAUGAUGUUGCAUUGGGAAAUGUUGAAUCAUUCAAGCAAUAUUGAUGGAUUUUACGCGUAUUAUCGUCCCUCGACGAGUGCUGGGGAAUAUUCGAAGGCAACAGUUGAUGGUCAUCACGCGAGAUCAUUCAAAAUUGAUCAUCUGGAGCCCGGAACUGCUUAUGAAUUCAAACUUCAGAGCUUUACUGCCUCAGCUGCGUCAGAUUUUAGCGCUAUUUUAACGAAAAAGACAUUAAAACCUGCUACUCCUGUACCUCCCUUCACGCCAACUGUCAUCGCAGCUUCGGAACAAGCGAAGGCCAAAUUCGAGUUACUGCCAUUAAUUGCAGCAAUUGGUGCUGGCACAGUCAUUUUCUUCAUAAUUUCCGUCAUUAUUUGCUUCACUUUUAAACGACGAAGGAGUUCAAUGGAUGAUACGAUAGAAAAUAAAGCUCAUCCUGAUAUCAUUCAAUCCGACACAAAUGGCUUCUCGGGAUCUCCGAUGCACAAAACGAGUCGAAUGAAUGGCAUGACGCCCCGAAUGACGAUCACCGCGAAUCCUCUUGCGCAGGAAAGCGAUAAAAAUCGUAAUAUAAUGGAGCUGCGUUUCCUGCCCAACACGAUGACGACCCAGACGACGACGACAAAUGGACCAACGCCUCCGCCGCCGCAUCAUCAUCAUCACAACGGAAUUUCGCCGCAAUCAUCCCCGAGCCCGAUGACCAUCACUCCAACGGACAUGCAACUUCCGCCCUUGCCGCAUCGCAGAACGCUCGAACGGAACGUCGGAGUGCGAAAUUUCAACAAUCUCAACAACGGACACCAUCAUCAGAACGGAGGCAGCGGCUUAAUUCUCGCCACGGACAAAAUGAUGGAUGGGGAUUGUGGCGUCGCGCAGGUAAGAACUUCCUCGAUGCGUAGAUCUAAGAGAAAUUUAGUCGAACAGCAGCAGGGAUCCGUGCCAAGUAGUCCUCGUAUCACGCGAGGCUCUUCGACGGAUCUCGUGCAACAUAAAUUUAUGGCGUCGCCGAUUCCAAUAAGGGCGCACAACGCAAAACGCGCCGCUAGACUAGGUAGAGCUGAAAAUAUGUCAAAUGGUAGCUUAAAUAGUAUUGAAGUAUAGGAG